AACAAAGACUGACUUGGCUCUGUGACCCUGACCUACAUAGUGCUUGUGUUUAGUUGAGUCUGCCCCAGUGAAAGAGAUCGGUUUGGCUCAAUUACAGAACAAUUAACAGUGUUAAUGAAAAGAUGGCGGAUAAAAAUUGUACGGUUUUGACUCUGAAUAAUGGACGCACAAUGCCAUCAGUUGGUUUGGGCACUUACGCUCCAAAACAAGAUGACGAUGCUGUUAUUGCUGCUGUUAAAUUAGCUGUACGAGCUGGUUAUAGACAUAUAGACUGUGCGGCUAUAUAUAGAAAUGAGAGAGCAGUUGGACACGCCAUUAAACAACUUAUUGUAGAAGAUGUUGUUAAAAGAGAAGAUCUAUUUGUCACUAGUAAGUUAUGGAAUACUUGUCACAGACCAGAUAUAGUAGAAGUCAACCUUAGAAAAUCCUUGGAAGAUUUAGGACUGGAAUAUGUAGAUUUAUAUCUUAUUCACUGGCCUAUGGCUUUCAAGGAAGGCGGUGAUAUGAUACCAAAAGAUGCAAAUGGUAAAGUUUUAUAUUCAGAUGUAGAUUAUGUAGAUACUUGGAAGGCAUUAGAAGACUGUGUUGAUCUGGGGUUAACAAUGAGUAUCGGAUGUAGUAAUUUUAAUAGUAAACAGUUACAGAGAAUAUUAGAUAUAGCUAGAAUGAAACCAGUUAAUAACCAGGCAGAGGUAAAUGUAUAUAAUAGUAAUAAAAAACUAAUAGAUUUUUGUAAAGCUAAUGGUAUUGUAGUAACAGCAUCAUCUCCUCUUGGUUCUCCUGGAAAUAUCAGAGAAGGGUAUGUAACGUUAUUAAAAGAUCCAGUAUUAUUGGAUAUUGCUGCUAGAUAUAAAAAAUCCCCGGCUCAAGUUGCAUUAAGAUUUUUAAUACAGCAAGGUAUCGGGGUCCUGCCUAAAAGUGUCACGGCUUCCAGAAUACGAGAAAACUUUGACCUGUUUGACUUCUCAUUAUCUGACAGUGAUAAACAACAAUUGGUGUCCUUAAAUAAAAAUGUUAGAGCAUACUUAGAUGAAUUCGCAAAGGACCAUCCACACUAUCCUUUUCACGAAGAGUUUUAAAAUGGCGAUAUGUUAUUGACAAGUCUGUGUAUUGGUAUUAUUUAACGUUUGUAUUGUCAGCAUUAAGAUUAUGUUUUUAAAUCAUAUAUCUAUAAAUAAAGCAAUGUCAUGGGUUUUAUUAAAUAAAGCAAUGUAAUGCGGUUUGGUUACCGCUGCCUAUUAAAUAAGCAAUUCCGCGAGGUUUGAUUACCGCUGCCUAUUAAAUAAGCAAUGCCGUGAGGUUUAAUUACCGCUGCCUAUUAAAUAAGCAAUGCCACGAGGUUUGAUUACCGGUGCCUAUUAAAUAAGCAAUGACCCGAGGUUUGAUAACUGCUGCCUAUUAAAUUAAAUGUUUUUCGUUAAUUGAAGCGCUAUGUGUUGAGGGAAUGAGGAUUUUUUUAUUAUCAGAAAAGUUAUUUAUAAAUUAUGAAAUACAAAGAUCGGACAUUGCUCAGAAAAUUAUCAUUAAUCUUAUACAUCUGCGUUGUCCAGUUUUUAUUCAAAUUGUAAACACUCUCUGUGAUAAAACAUAAUAUUUGUUUGGUACUGGGUGGACCAAAGGAAGAAGAGAAAUUGUUACUUUUUUAAAACCUUUUUUUUUCUUUGAUACUUCUGACUACAGGUUAUUGCAAUGUGAGUAAAAGUUCAACAGAGCAGUCACAAAAAUAUUUUGGCCAGUAUAGUAUUUGUUAAAUUUGUUUAUUAAUGUAAAUACCGAGUGUUUAUUAAUGUAAAUACCGAGUGUUAGUUGAAUAAUUGUAAGUGCAGGAUGACUGCACCAGACACCAUAAAACCCCACAAGACAAGCCCGAGGACAAGAUAUACACACUACAUAGACACAGCAAGUAAUAACAAAUGUUUAUCAAAUGGAGUGAAUGGAUCCACUGUUUUUAAAUUGUAAUAAGAGAUUUUAUUAACAAAAAAGGUAAAUAAUAAAUGGGAUGUAUUCUGGAAUUCUAGUAAGGAGGCGGUCGGGGGGGG